ACCGCGUUUUCCAAGGUCUUUCCUUUCUUGCUCUUUAAAAUUUUCCUCAAACAUAUGCCCAAACUAAACCAUGUCUGAAUUUCAUAUUUUCUUCUCUCAAUCGUAGGAGAAGUUGAGCUUGAUUCUUAAAUCCUAAGGAGAGGAAAAAAAAAAGGACAACAAAAGACAAAAACAAUGGCUGAGAACGGCGAAGAGAAAUGGUUAGCCGUUGCGCGCCACAUAGCCAAAACCCUGGGAAGCAACGAUACUAUGGCGGACGAUAUUUUGCAGAUAUUCUCCAACUUCGACGGGAGAUUUUCUCGCGAGAAAUUGUCCGAGAAGGUUGUCGGAGAAGACGAUCCCAGGGCCUGCGCCGUAUUGGAUCACGCCCUCAAGUCCCUCGACCGUCAGAUCUCCCAGUACGUGGCGGCGGACCAGCCAAUCUGGCUCGACCCCGCCGACUCCUCCGCCUUCCUCGACGCCAUCGACGAGCUCAUCGCCACCGUCAGGGAGUGGAGCCACUUGGCAGAGGAGAAGAACGUCAGCGCGUGUCUCGCACGGGCCGACGACUUGAUGCAGCAGGCCAUGUUCCGAGUCGAGGACGAGUUUAGGUCGUUGAUGGAGCGCGGCGGCGAGUCGAUCGAGCUGAGCCGCUCUUACGGGAACGGCGAGACGGCCGGGAACUUGUCCUGCGAGUCGGAGGACGAGGAGGAGGAAGGAGAAGCGGAGGGAGGUGAGGAGAGCCAGAUUCCGACGGCUAGGCCGAUCGGCGACUACGACAUCGUGAUCGACGCGCUUCCGUCGGGGACGAUCAACGACCUCCACGAAAUGGCGAAGCGGAUGGUGGCCGCCGGGUUCGGGAAGGAGUGCUCGCACGUGUACAGCAGCUGCCGGAGGGAGUUCCUGGAGGAGAGCCUCUCGAGGUUAGGGUUGAAGAAGCUGAGCAUCGAGGACGUCCACAAGAUGGCGUGGCAGGACCUCGAGGACGAAAUCGAGCGGUGGAUCAAGGCCGCCAACGUCACGCUUCGGAUCCUCUUCCCGAGCGAGCGGCGCCUCGUCGAUCGCGUCUUCUUCGGCUUCUCGUCGGCGGCCGACCUCUCGUUUAUGGAGGUCUGUCGCGGAUCCACGAUUCAGCUGCUGAACUUCGCCGACGCCUUAGCGAUAGGAUCGCGGUCGCCGGAGCGCCUCUUCAAGAUUCUAGACGUGUUCGAUACGCUGAGGGAUUUGCUCCCCGAGUUCGAGUCCGUCUUCUCUGAUCAGUACUGUAUGUUGCUCAGGAACGAAGCGAUCACCAUCUGGAAACGGUUAGGUGAAGCAAUUAGAGGAAUUUUCAUGGAAUUGGAGAAUUUGAUCAGUCGCGACCCGGCCAAAGUUCCUGUUCCUGGCGGCGGGCUUCAUCCGAUUACUCGCUACGUGAUGAAUUACCUCCGAGCGGCGUGCCGGUCCCGGCAAACUCUUGAGCAAGUGUUCGAGGAGAACGCUUCGGCGAUGCCUCCCAUGGCGAAGCUCGAGGACCGAGCCUCGUCGUCGUCAAUGUCGGUUCAGAUAUCUUGGAUAAUGGAGCUUCUGGAGAGCAAUCUAGAGGCCAAGUCCAAGAUAUACAAGGACCCUGCUUUAUGCUACGUGUUCAUGAUGAACAACGGAAGAUACAUUGUUCAGAAGGUGAAAGACAACGAAUUGGGAUUGCUUUUGGGCGACGAUUGGAUCCGAAAACACACGGCCAAAGUCCGGCAAUUCCACGUGAAUUACCAGCGGAGCUCAUGGAAUAAGGUCUUGGGACUGCUGAAGCUGGACAGCUCCGUGGCGCCUAAUGUCGCCGCGAGGUCCAUGAAAGAAAAGCUCAAGUCUUUCAACCAGAGCUUUGAGGAGAUUUGCAAAAACCAAUCUACAUGGGUCAUUUUCGACGAGCAGCUGAGGGAGGAAUUGAAGAUUUCGGUGGCCAAACUUGUGUCACCCGCGUAUCAAAGCUUUAUUGGAAGGUUCCAGAACGUUCCUGAGCUGGGGAGGAAUGCUGAGAGGCACAUCAAGUAUGGCGCGGAAGAUAUAGAAGCUCGGAUUAAUGACUUGUUUCAGAGAAGUGGAGGAUCAACCGGUGGCCGGAGGUAGAGGUAAAUCCACUGACGAUAGUUUGUAUCUAGGAGUCUAUGCUUAAAACUGUACUUUUUCUCUCUUUUUUCUUGUAUGAAUGGUCUAAAAUUUAUUUGUGGCCUUCGGUUAGAUGUUUACUUGUGAUAAAAGUAGCGCUUUCUUUUUUCUACUCCCACGUUCAAUAGUGGAACUCAUAGACGGAUAAUAGUUUAUAUUUACUUUUGUAAAUUAUAUAGAAGUUUUGUUGCAUUCAAAAAA